AUGGAAACUGUCGAAGGCCUCGUGGAGCGAGCUAGACAUCUCUCGCUACACCAGACGCACUCUUUCGAUACGUUCCAUGCGACAAUCGACUCCCACCUGAAGAAGAUCUACGAGUUUCGAAAGAGCGCUGGCACGCCUAAAUUUCUUGAACUUCAGCAUGAUUCGUCUCCAGCUGGCCAGCCAAUUGCAGAUCAUCUUGCUUCCUUGGACGCCUUUCGGGCGUACAUGAAAGAUGAUGCGUCAUCUGCCCAGGCACUACCCACGGAGCCAGAUCUUAGUGCUCCUAUUUCGGAUUACUUUAUCUCGUCGAGUCAUAAUACGUACUUGACUGGGAAUCAAUUGUACAGUGAUGCUGCGGCAAGUGCUUAUACGUCGGCCCUUUUACAAGGCUGCCGUUCUGUCGAGAUUGAUGUUUGGGACGGUGAGCCCCAUACACCGGAUUCAAGUGACGGUGACGCCAGCAGCGACAGUAGUGAUUCCAGCGGCGAUGAAGGCGAGAGUGUCGGUGCCAAAAUCAAGCAGAAGAUCAAAUCCAAGACUAAGAAAAAGGCUAAGCCCGCCAGAGGCUUGAGCCUCUCGGUGUCGACGAAAUUAGGAGAUGCAUUGCGCCGGGGAUCCUCCAAAUCUACAUCCAAGACGGUGGCGGCGACAGCUACCGCGGAAUCAGCAAUGAGCCACGAAGUUAUUCAAGGCGAGCCUCGUGUUCUGCACGGGCAUACUCUGACCAAAGGUACAUCAUUCCGCGAGAUCUGCUACGCAAUCCGCGACAGUGCCUUUGUCGUCAGCGACCUGCCGAUCAUUAUUAGCUUCGAAGUCCAUGCGAACUUGGAACAGCAGCAGAUCAUGGUUGAUAUCAUCAACGAAGCUUGGAAGGGCAUGUUGGUAGAGGUGCCAUCCGAAAUGGCCCCGGAAAAGCUGCCGGCGCUCGGAGAGCUGAAGAGAAAGAUAUUGAUCAAGACCAAGUCAACUCCCCUAAAAGCUGCCGAGGAGAAGGCCGACGUGCUUGAAACCGUGGAAGAGCCCAGCGAGCAAUCAACAGAGGCUCAGAAGACAGUCAAGCCAUCUAAGAUUCUUGAGGCGUUGGCAAAGAUGGCUGUCUAUACCCGGGCGUACCAUUUCAGUCAUUUCGAUCAACCAGAGGCAAAAUCUCCGUUGCACGUCUUCUCUCUCUCCGAAAAGGCAGCACGCGAGGCCCACGCGACCAACCGCGACGCCCUCUUCGAGCACAACCGCUCGUCCAUUAUGCGCAUCUACCCCUUCGCAUUCCGACUCGUAGCCCUGAACUGGCAAAACCUCGACAAAGGUAUGAUGCUAAACCAUGGCAUGUUCGCCGGGACCCAAGGCUGGGAACUUAAGCCUCCGAGCUACCAAAGCGCCCACCCUGCCGCCAAACCCAUAACCCACACCCUCGACCUCACACUAGAGAUAUUCGCAGCGCAGGACCUCUCCCUCCCAGCAGGCGAUCAUGUCGAAAAAUGGUUCCGCCCAUACGUAAACUGCCAACUUCACGUUGAAGAACCCGAACCCCUCACCUCGACAGGUACAAACAAAGACAAGGACGACGCAAGCUCAGACUCCGAGAAAAGCAGCUACCGCCGCUGCACGAAGAGCUCCUCGGGCCGAAACCCGGACUUUGAAGGCCAAAAACUGAUUUUCCCUACUGUGACGGGCGUCAUUGAAGAGCUCAGUUUCCUCAGAUUUAAAAUCAAAGAUGACGAAAUUGGUCGCGAUGCGCUAGCUGCGUGGGCUUGUAUUCGGGUCGAUCGCCUGCGUGAGGGUUACAGAUUGGUGCAUCUUCAUGAUACGACGGGUGAGAAAACCGGGGGCAUGCUUUUGGUGAGAAUCUCCAAGCAAGUUUCUUGA